AUGCUUGAUUCCACGGACAGCGAGCAGAUGUCUGUGCUUCUGUCCAAAUACCUGGACCACGACUACACAGGAACACAGGAAGACGCAUACAUCAGGAAGAAGGCACAUACUUUAUUGGAGCAUUUAAACAAUCAUCCAAUGAUUUCUAUCUGUUUUGCUGGAAGCAUGGCAGAGGGAAUUCAGGUGCCUGGUUCAGACAGUGACGAAAUGUUGAUCGAUGAACAUGUUACAGUAAUGUACCCUGAUCAGUGUAUUCCUCCAGACACGGUAUAUAAAACAAUCCUGCUCAUAAGAAAGGCGGACUGCCGUCCUGGUUAUGUCCACUUACAGCUAGAACAGAUAGGACAGAAAUACAGUGUUCUAUGUUUUCCAUGUAAAACCUGGCCAAAUGAGGCUAACGAAUGGAUUACUCGUACUCGCCUGUACGGAUGGCCACACCAAGGCCUGAUCAACACAAUUGUACACAACGGAUGCCAUCUUGUCCCAGUCGGGGACAAAUGUUCAGGGAACACUUUAUUACAAUGGAGAAUAUCCUUUGCAAAAGCAGAGAUAUCUUUAGUUCACUCAUUCAGUCACAUUCAGCUCAAAGUAUAUUGUUUACUGAAAUUAUUUUUGAAACAAAUAAAAGAACAAUUAAGAGAAACCAUUGGGGAUGAUGAUAUUUUGUGCUCCUACUUUUUGAAAACAACCCUUUUUCAUGCAAUAGAGAAUUCCAACCAACUGUUCUGGCAAGAAAAAAACUUGUUUUAUUGUUUCUGGUUUUGCUUCAACAUACUGAUUGCUUGGGUCAGAGCAGGAGUCUGUCCCCAUUACUUCAUUGAGGCCAACAACUUGUUUGAAAGGAAAGUCCAUGGACAACAUCAGCGAAUACUGUUAGAUGUUUUGAACAACUACUGUCAGAUGAAAUGGAAGUGUCUUUCAGUGGGAAACUUCAUCAAACCCUCGAUAUGGGAACAUCUGUGUAAUACCUCAGAACAAGCUUUUCUCAUGCGUCCCAAAACUGUACAGGAAAAUGUAUUCAGACAGGAUGCUUUAGUUGCUUCCCUUCUACAAACAAAUGGACCUACCAUGGAAAACAGUUUAAGGCAGGCAAUUCAUUCAUUAUCGACAUCACACACAGAACUGGAUGACAUUUUCACACACAACUUUGCCAUGAAAUGCCUUCGAAGACUUGCAACAGAAAAGGCUUAUCCCGAUCAAAUGGUUGCUAGAGACAACAAGACAAGGUACAAGAGUUUAAAAAAAUGUAAACGCUGGAUGAGUCCGAGUGCCUCAAUGGGCACUGACCUGCUGUAUUUGGCAACUUUUCAUUUUCUGACGGGAAAUUUCUUCAAAACCCUGGAUAUGUUACAAUAAAUAUCAAAGGCUAUAUCCAGAACUAAACAAAAUACACCGAUUUGAACGUACAUCAAACAGACUGCAGAAAAUGUAUGCAAACGAGGUAAUGUUUCAACAUACAGACAUUUACCUUCCUCAUUUCUAUCUAGAUAAAAAUAUUGCGUUUUUAUUCCACCACUACCCUAUGCUUUGUUCCUUUCCUUCAUGUGCUGUCAUAAGCUUGGGGACACUAGUCGACGUGAUGAAGCAUUAUGGCACCUGAUAGAGGUCCAAAGUGACGACGUCCAAGGGAGACACAAAUACUGGAUAGUUUCUACUCUACUGGGGAUUUGUUACCAAACAAUCGGGGACAAUCACAUGGCUAUCGAGGCUUACUGGGAAUCAACAAAGAGCAAGGCUAAAUUUCAUGCGAUGAAUCCUGCCAGAGAGAGGAUAGCGGUGGUGUAUCUUUGCAUGUAUGCCUCACUGAGGUCUGAUAGAGGAGAGUAGUGGUGUAUAUAUGUAUGUAUGCCUCACAGAGGUCUGACAGAGGAUAGCAGUGGUGUAUAUAUGUAUGUAUGCCUCACUGAGGUCUGACAGUGGAUAGCUGUGGUUUA